CCGGUGUUUAUUUACAAUCAUAAGUAAAUUUUUAGGUAUACAGGCAAAUUGUUUAAAUGAAUAAAAAAAUUCUUACAAUGAACAUAUAAUUACAUAGAAAGCUUGGAUUAAAUCAUAUUGUCUGGUAUCAUCGUAGGACUAUUAUAGCAACUACUACAACAGGAGUACAAUACAAUAACAGUAUUUCAUAUAUUUUGAGAAAAAAUGAAUGAUGACAUCUUAUGCCUACGGUUUCUGAAUACACAUGUUGCACCAGUCAUUGUCAUUCUGGGUAUAAUUGGCAAUAUAUUAUCCAUAAUUGUCCUACGAAGUCGACGUAUGAAAUCUCCUGUUUCAAUUUAUUUAAUUAGUCUAUCAGUUUUUGAUAUAUUACUUUUGGUAUGCGCUGUUGUACUAUUUUUUGAAUACCCCUUUGCUGAUGACGAUUCUUCAUUAUUCCCACUGUUAGCGAACAAUUCCAUGGAUAGUAUAAAUUAUGACACAGUAAAUGAAAACUCAGAAAAUACAACUUCAGAUGUCAAUAUGUAUGAACAGUUAGCAGUGAGAAGUGCCAAUGAUGACAAAAUAAUUAGCAACAUAACUACAGCUCAUCGAAUUUACUCAUUAAUUCAGGCGCACGUUGUUUAUCCUGUAGCAUUAACUGCUCAGACUGCAGCCAUAUGGAUUACUGUAAGCUUAACUGUAGAGCGUUAUAUUGCCGGAUGUUAUCCAUUGCAUGCACAUUUACUCUCAUCCGUACCAAAGUCUCGUUUAGUUGUCUGCUGUUGUAUGAUAUGCGCAGUUGUCUACAAUAUACCAAGAUGGUUUGAAAUUACAACAAGUCAACCUGUAAAUAGCACUGAAUUAUCUAAAGAGCCUAACUUUUCACAAUGGUCACAACAAUAUGACUGGCAUUCAUUAUUUCGUCUUGUUUACUAUACCUGGGGAUAUAUAUUAGUCAUGUUUCUGCUGCCGUUAAUUGCUUUGCUAGUAAUGAAUAUUCGUCUAAUGUAUGCUCUACGUAGAUCUGAUUUCGCUGUACAUAAAAGUUCUCAGUCAACACCAUAUAUUGUUACUUCGCAUGGUAAUGAAAGUGGUAGUAGAAAUCAACUGAUUAGCUGCAGUUCCAGUUUCUAUCCAAAAACCUCCACAUUAUCAAGAAAGUCAUCGACAAAACAAUUUCCAAUACGAUUUCAACGUAGCGAUCAAUGUAAGUCAUGUAAAUCUCUAAGAAACUCACUCCAUCCUUACGGACCAACACGACUGGCUAUACAAGCAGACAAGAGUAUCACACGAAUGAUCAUUGUUGUUGUUGGUGUAUUUAUUGCCUGUCAGCUCCCAGCACUGGUAUUCAACAUUUAUUUUGGUAUUGUAUCGCCAAAAGUUUUACCUCAUGGCUGGUGUGCUUUAUCAGAAUUGAGAAAUUUUCUAGUUGUUGUUAACUCUAGUGUAAAUUUCAUUGUUUAUUGUGUUAUGGGUGCCAAAUUUCGUAGAAGUUUUAUUCACGUGAUUACACCUUGUUGGGAAAUUAAGUUGACUAACAAUAAUACACAAAAGACUGUGGUACGAUUAAUAAACUUGCGAUCAGAAGGAAAUGAAAUUUAGUUGCACUGUUUCUCUUUCUUACUUGCAUAUUUGUAUAGCGAAUUUUUAUACAAUCCAUGUCAUAUGUAUAAAAAAUUUGUGAUAUUCUAUUCCGUGUACAAUAAAUAUACUAUCAUGUUUGGUGGUUUAUAUUAGGGUUUAUGAUGGAAAUAAAAGUAUUUAUUUUGGGUAUUCAUUGAAUAUCAACAAUAUCCUUUU